UGCGUGUGACACUUUCAAGUGGGUAUUGUUCGUUGCUUGGUCUUACAAUUCACUUUCUCUCCUUGUUUUGUUUUUCUCUUCGCUUGCGCUCCAAUUGUUCGAUGAAAUGCCUGAACCAUGCUCUCUAUCACUCACGCGCCUAAUUGCUUCAUAAAUUUGAUCCCUCAAAUAUUUUCCCCCAACACUUCUGCUUCUAAUAUUCAAAAUCUUAGCAGAAAAGGAAAAACAAGAAACCAAGAUUUACGCUUUCUUGUAGUGAAGGGGUCGAGUGGUAGUGGAUUUUUUGAGUUAAAAAACAGCUGUUGCGGUUGCGGUGGUGGAUUUGUAAGGAGGUGUAAUACAAGGGAUUGGGAAAGUAGUGAGGGCAAUAUUGCAUUGGAGACUGAGAUUUUGGAGUUCAUGAAUAGUUCAAAAAAUCCAGAGAUGUUUCCAAGCAAGAAACAGUUGAUUGAUGCAGGAAGAAUGGAUCUUGUUGAGGCUAUCUUGAAGGAAGGAGGGUGGCUCGCUUUGGGUUGGGAUUUCGAUGAUAAUGUUGACGACGUAGAUGUUGUAGAUUGGUAUUCUUCUUUAACGGAUAAUAAAGAAUGUGGUGCUGCUGGAAUUCAAGACAAGGCUUUAGAGCGUAAUGAAGAGCAAAGCUCUCAGGUUCCUUGCUCGUCCUCUGGUAGUUCACAAGAUACAGCGACUGAGGAUGAUGCUGGGAUUGGGGGUAUACUGUAUCGAUUAGAGAAAGAAAGGAAUAUGAAUUUGGGGUUUGCUUUAAAAGAAAUUGAAAGCACUACUCGUGUCCAAAGUAGCAAUGUUAACCAUGAUUUGCUCCCUAAAACCACGAAGAAUGGGACAGGUGCUGGCCUCAAUGGUAACAAUUCACCUGGAUUAUUGAACCCCAAGAGUAGUGCACUCAGUGAUUUGGGAGGCGGCCUUGAUCAUAGCAGAUCUUUCUCAAAUAUUGAUGGUUCUGGAAAUUCGCUAAAUCCAGACACGUGGAGAACUUGGAGCAUUAAGAGGGCAGCGUUUUCAGACUUGCAAUUUGAAGCUGAAGAACUUAGCUCUAAUAGAACUGGUACAGGAGGUGAGGAGAGUGUUUUAGGGGACGAGAUAAUUGAAACAAGGGAGGGUGCUAGUGAAACUGUCAGCAGAAGGAAAGAAAACUGCUCUGAUGGAGGGAUUAAUCAGAAUCAAGUACGAAGUCGCCUACAUGACCUGGAGUUAGAGCUUUCCUCUGUGCUGCAAUCGUUAAAGUCAAACACUGGUGAAAGUGAAUCACAGGAAGUGAUCAUGUUUUAUACUCUUCACCAGGAUAAUGGAAGAGCCUCUGAUGAUCUGCUGAAACUUUCUGAUGCUUGCGAGUUCCAGGAAAAUGAGAUAAUGAAUGCCCAGGAUAAAUUACGGUCAACAAGGGCAAAAAUAGCAGUGUCAGAAGGCAAAAUUGCACUUGCGAUAAUUGAUGCACAAAAGGUAGUGGAAGAGAAACAGAAAAGGAUUGACGACGCUUGUAGAGCCUUGCAACUUCUUCGCACUGCUUGUAUAGUUUGGCCUAGUUCUGCUUCAGAGGUGUUCCUAGCAGGGUCAUUUGAUGGUUGGGCCACCCAGAGAAGGAUGGAAAAGUCUAGUGUGGGCAUCUUUUCUUUGUAUCUGAAAUUGUAUCCAGGCAGAUACGAGAUCAAGUUCAUUGUUGAUGGUGAGUGGAGGCUUGAUCCCCUACGCCCUAUUGUUCACAACAACGGAUACGAGAAUAAUCUACUCAUUAUCACAUAAAAAAAACACAAGGCAUGCAAUGAUGGACACAAGACAGUGAAGGAUAUAUCCCCAGCAGAUUGUUUUUGUUUUGCUUUUCCUCUCCACUCUCUCUUGUAAACGUAUUGAUCGAGUGAGACAUCAUGCUUCUUUUUUCUUUUCUUUUGUUUCUCAUUCAUUCUUUCACUAAAGGUUAGGAAAUGUUAAAAGCACAGUAGACGCGUUUGCCAGGAUUUCUUUUUCAGGACAACCUGUUAGUUCUUUUCCUGUAAUGUAGUAGUGCCUGUAAUGCUUUUGAAGACUCUGUACUUUCUGCUUUUGUAAAAUGUAUUGACCCCCUCGAAAUGUUGUAAUAUUGUAGACACCAUUUGAAAGUUCGAAGGUAUUACAGAAAUCCCUUUUUUACGGGGAUGGAAUUGAAAUGUUUAA